UCAGUACUCUCGUCUUCAUAAAGAUUGUCCGAAGAUUUUUUUUACAGGAACUCUCGUCAAGAGUUUUAAAAAAGUGUCAGGACCAGAUUAUCGUAGCAUUUCUUUUGCUGUUUUUUUGGCUUUUCUACUUCAAAACUCUUAUUAUCUGUGAACUGCUGAAGACAAUGCUUGCUGUGAUUUUGUUCUGCUUGUGCACUCUGUUUGGUGUGUUUGGUAGUGAGUUUGUGUCAGUGAUGGAGGGAGAUUCUGUCACUUUAUCUGUCAGUCUCAAUGAAUCACAGAUUAAAGAGGGAAUCUCCUGGAAGUUUGGACCUGAAAUCACCAUAGCUGAAAUUGAGGUUGGUGGCAAAUAUAUCCAUUUAUAUGAAGAGAGAGCUGAUGGAGGAUUCAGAGACAGACUGAAGUUGGAUCUCAAUGGAUCUCUCACCAUCACAAACAUCAGAAUCACAGACUCUGGACUUUAUCAACUAAUCAACAACAACAAGAAGACCCAACUCAACAUAUUUAAUCUUACUGUCUAUGCUCUUCUGCCAGUUCCUGUCAUCAGCAGAGAUUCUUCACAAAGUUCAUCAUCAUCAAUCUCAAAUUGUUCAUUAUUGUGUUCAGUGUUGAAUGUGAGAGAUGUGAGUCUGUCCUGGUACAAAGGAAACAGUUUAUUGUCCAGCAUCAGUGUGUCUGAUCUCAACAACAGCAGCAUUUCUCUUCAUCUGAAGUGUCUGGAUGAUUCUUACAGCUGUGUGCUGAACAAUUCAAUCAGUAAUCAGACUCAACAUCUCAAUACUGAUCUCUGUCAGACGUGUUCAGGCGUUGCAGGACCAGACAAAAUCUUGUUGUCCGUGAUCUGUUGUGCCUGUGGAUGUCUGAUGAUUGCAGCUGCAGUUAUCAUCAUCUGCAUUCUCAGGAAACGAAAAAAACAACUGGAUCAAGCCUGUAAAGAGAUCACCUAUGCAGAUCCUACCUUCUGCAAACGAAAUGCACAUAAAGCGAGAGCUCCAGUGGAGAAUGAUGUGGUUUAUGCUGGAGUCAUGAGACGAUGAACAAACUCACUGUAUGUGAUUGGACAUUGCCGUCUCUGCUUUUAUCAGGUUUUGAAUGUUGGUGUGCAGACAGCAUAAUAUGCACAAAGAACAGAUUAUGUGGUAUUCAAAUAUUUGUUUGAGGGCCUUGUCAGUCAGUGCUGGUGUAACAGUUAAAUUAAUUGCUUUUAUGUGAAUGAUCUUUUAAAUGCAGUUUCACAAUAGGUGCAUUUAACAUUUUCACUUUGUCUUAAUAUUUCAGUCUGAGCUCUGUAAUAAACAUAGGGCCUACUUAGAUUAAAGGAUGUAAGGGUUUAUUAUGUGUAUUCUGAAAUGAAAUUCAUUUUUAAAAACUUUUUAUUCUUCUAAUUUUACUUAUUGUUGUUGUUUAAUUUUAUGUUGGAUGUUGUGUUGUCUUCACAAGUAGAUAAGUUUUUUUUGGGGGUUUUAAACAAUGCCACGGGAUAAUGUUGUGCAGUGUUUGUAAGGAAUAAUUGAUGACUGGCCAUUGAAUUAUAAAAAAAUAAUGCACACCCAAGGUGCAAUGCGGUACGAUGGGAAGUGGAGUGCCAUUACAUCGCAGGUGUGCAUUAUUUUCAAAUAAUUCAAAGUACCGGAGUCAAUUAUUCCUCUUGCUCUGGUGCCUAUUUUUAAGACAUUUGACAAGUUAGGUGUGUGGUUAUCAGAAAUUAAUGCACACCCACGGAACAUUUCUCAGCCAAUCAGAAUACAGCAUUCAACAGACCCGUGGUAUAAGGUAUAAUUACCUGUCAGUCUGAGCAUUGAGAGCACAACUUAGAUUAUUAAAUCUUAAACAGUGUCAGGCAUAGACUCAAGCACCAAUGGAAAUGUAAGGUUAGGUUACUAUAGUGGAGUUCAAAAUUAAAGUAAGCUACACUUUAUGAACACUUGAUUUUUUCAGAAUAAUGCAAUCAUUCUAAAUGUGAAGGAGUUUUAGUUAUGGCUAUACCACACUAGUAGAACAAUGUUUUACAAAAUAACCAAGCAACUUAAAAAAAAAAAACACAACCCCAAAUUAGAAAAAGUUGGGACACUGUAGAAAUUGUGAGUAAACAAGGAAUGGAAUAAUUUACAAAUCUAAUAAACUUAUAUUUUAUUCACAAUAGAAUAUAAAUAACAAAUCAAAUGUUGAAUGUGAGACAUUUUGAAAUGUCAUGCCAAAUAUUGGCUCAUUUUGGAUUUCAUGAGAGCUACACAUUCCAAAAAAAGUUGGGACAGGUAGCAAUAAGAGGCCAGAAAAGUUAAAUGUACAUAUAAGGAACAGCUGGAGGAGAACCAAUGUUUAGGAAUGGGAAUGUUGUCCCAUUUUUGUCUAAAACAGGCUUCUAGUUGCUCAACUGUCUUAGGUCUUCUUUGUUGCAUCUUCCUCUUUAUGAUGCACCAAAUGUUUUCUAUGGGUGACAGAUGUGCACUGCAGGCUGGCCAUUUCAGUACUCAGAUCCUUCUUCUACGCAGUCUUGAUGUUGUAAUUGAUGCAGUAUGUGGUCUGGCAUUGUCAUGUUGGAAAAUGCAAGGUCUUCCCUGAAAGAGACGACGUCUGAAUGGGAUCAUAUGUAUCUAGAACUUGGAUAAACCUUUCAGCAUUGAUGAUGCCUUUCCAGAUGUGUAAGCUGCCCAUGCCACACACACUCAUGCAACCCCAAACCAUCAGAGAUGCAGGCUUCUGAACUGAGCGCUAAUAACAACUUGGGAUGUCCUUGUCCACUUUAGUCCAGAUGACAUAGUGUCCCAGUUUUCCAAAGAGAACUUCAAAUUUUGAUUCAUCUGACCACAGAACAGUUUUCCACUUUGCCAAAGUCCAUUUUAAAUGAGCCUUGCCCAGAGAAAACGCCUGUGCUUAUGGAUCAUGUUUAGAUAUGGCUUCUUUUUUGACCUACAGGGUUUUAGCUGGCAACGGCGAAUGACACGGUGGAUUGUGUUUAUUGACAAUGUUUUCUGGAAGUAUUCCUGAGCCUAUGUUGUGAUUUCCAUUACAGUAGCAUUCCUGUAUGUGAUGCAGUGCCGUCUAAGGGCCCGAAGGUCACGGGUAUCCAGUAUGGUUUUCCGGCCUUGACCCUUACGCACAGAGAUUGUUUCAGAUUCUCUGAAUCUUUGAAUGAUAUUAUGCACUGUAGAUGAUGAUGAGAAACUCAGAAAACUAUUUUUCGCUGCAGCAUUGGGGGAAUUGGUGAUUCUCUGCCCAUCUUGACUUCUGACAGACACUGCCACUCUGACAGGCUUUUUUAUAUCCAAUCAUGUUGCCAAUUGACCUAAGAAGUUACAAGUUAGUCCUUAAGCUGUUCCUUGUAUGUACAUUUAAAUUUUCUGGCCUCUUAUUGCUCUUAUUUUUGGAAUGUAUAGCU